UCACCAUUUUUCUUUCGUCAAGGCCAUAGUGCUUCUCUCAGAUGAUUAAAAAUGAGGCGCUCAAGAACUCAGCCAAUUGCUGAAAUUGAGAAAUGGACAGAGGAAGACGUCCAUCGGUGGCUGAUGACAGAGGUCAAAGUACACAAGACAUGUGCAGACAGGUUUGUUGAAGAAGAAGUGUCAGGAGACUCUUUAGUUGCCUUUAAAAAGACAGAUAUAUUGGACUUGGGAAUAAAACAUGGUCCUGCUGUCAAAAUAAUAUCUUAUCUUGAAAGUCUAAGAGAUGGUUUACAACGUGAUCAGUUCCCAGCUUAUGUGGAAAAUUGGACGAAGGAGCAAGUGCACCAGUGGUUACUGCAGCAUGUGAAUGUUUACAGCAAAUAUGCUAUACGGCUCCAAGAAGAAGAUGUGUCUGGAGAUUGCCUUGUUUGUUUCAAGAAGCAAGAUCUUCUGGACCUGGAAGUCAAAAGUGGCCCUGCUGUUAAGAUUCUGUCAAAUCUCAGACAACUGAGCAAAGACCAAGAGCCGACUCUGCAACCCAUCCCUCAUAAUGAACAAAAAGAAGCUCCAAACCCCAUUCAACCGGAAGUCAGUGUGGCUCAGACGGUAGCAUCGGAUCCAGCAGAACCGUUCAACACAACUGAAGUGCAAGCGGACAAAAUGUUAGGAAAGAAGUCUGGAAAGGCUCAACAGCAAUUCAAGAAAGCUUCAGGGGAGAAGAAGAGUGAUGAGCCAAAGCCACAAAACUUCAAAGCCAGAAGGAAAGAAACCAUGGUGACCUCAGUCCUUCCGGGAGUUCCCAAUAUAACUGUGGUGAUCCAGGAAACCCUGGAUAACCUUAAAAAAGAAGACUUUAAAAAGUUUCAUUUCAACCUAAAACAAUACAAAACAUCCCAGUUUGAACCUAUUCGUGAGAGUAAACUGGAGGGCAAGGACACCAUGGACACUGCUCAAUUAAUGACUGACCACUAUGAGAGCAAUGGGGCUUUGAGAGUCACAGUAGAUGUUCUACGGGAAAUCAAUCAAUGUGAACUUGCUAAUCAGCUUGAAAACACCUUGGGUGGACUGGAGCAGCAUCUUCUUUCGAGAGAUAAGAAGAAAGAAGCCAACCAGGGUGAAAAACUGAAGAACUUGUUGACUUGUGGUGGGAACUCAUUAGACAACUACGACAACAUGAUUAUUGUUGUAAACAAGAGCAGUCCAGAGCAAGUGCAGUAUCUCAAGUUUCUGAAUAAACUGAAACUUUUCUGUGUGUUAGACUUUGACCCAGACUCCAAUACUCAGGUUGGACUGUGCCAUUCAUACAGAGAGUCAAGGUGGGCCAAUCUUCACACCCCCUCACAGUAUCAAGGACAGAUUGACUCAGUCAUAAAGAACCUUAACCUCUACAAACAGACCAGCUGGGUCUUUUGCAAUGGGAGACAUGACCUUGAAGGUGACUCAAACAAGGAGUUAAACUAUUGGAACUGGGUGAGGAAAUCUUGCAGCGAUGUUGAGCAACUGGUUUCAUUCAUUUGCAACCCUGAAGUUCUUCUCCAUGGAAGAAGUCUCAUCAUGUUCCUUCUUCUUUCACCUGUAGACUCAGAGAAAGACCCCAUCUUUGAAACCUACAGGGCUUUCAUGAAGAAAAUCAAAGAAGAAAUGAUCAUUCAUAUUUGUGAAUCUCAGAGCACAUAUGAGAAAUGGAAGGAACUGAUACAAGAAAAAUGGGACUUUGACAUUGACCCACAAUCAGUAUAUGAGCUGAGCCUCAGUGAGGUCAAUGGAACAGUACUGGCUCUAAGACCAUUCAGUGAGUCAUCUGAAAGGCUGCUUCCUUCCUGUUAUUUUCUGGAAGAGACGGCCAGCAGUGCGAGGAGACGUCAAAGAAGUUAAGAGGUUAACCGGGAGCAGAAGCUGAAAUCUAUCAGUGAACCAGGCCUCAAGUUUUCAGUGAAGGAUGUCAUCCUGGCGGCGCAGCACACU